GAAACGGUACCUCACGGCCAAGGAGCAAAACGACCAGACCCGCAUGGAUGAGAUCCUCGCAGCUUGCCCCGAGGCAAAACCAGCUAAACCAGUCGCAGCACCAGAGCCAUCAACAGGACAGAAACUCCAAGAGGCAGUCGCGGAGCUCAACCGUCUCCAGAAGCACCACGACAAGCUGGCCAAACAGCUCAAGCGUGCUACCGAGUACCGCAAUGACGUGCUCCAGAGGAUCAGCACCAACGUAUCCGAGCUGGCCGACGCGAAGAAGCACUUCCAAGAGGCCAACGCCGAUGUCGGAGGAGAUGCAGCCGAAGCACAGCCAGCCAAGAAACCGGACGACGCGGAGGAGGAGUUCCCGACCUUGGACGAUGAGGAGUUGGCCAUGCUGGAUAGCAAACAGAAAGAGGAGUGUGAGGCAAUCCAGAAAGAAUUCCAGAAGGCCAGGCAAUACAUCGACGGCACGAAGACAGCAGUCAUCAACGCGAAGAAGGCGCUCGACGCAGCCAAGACCAUCAAGACCAAGGUGGAGCUCGCCAACCAGUUCGACCUCUCAGAUGACGACCAGGUCAAGGCCUACCUCGCGAAGCUGGCCCAGAUCAAGAGCAGGGCGAAGGUCAUGAUCGCUACGCGGCAGGGUUCGCAAGGUACUGGCACCAAGAUCCAGACCGAAGGCAAGAACCAGCAGACCAAUUCAGACGAUGCGAAGCCCAUCGUCACCAUCUUCCUGGCCAACGUUACGCAGUGCAACACGGCCGCCAAACUUUUCAUCGAGGGCAAGAGCAAGCAGUACGACAUCAUCGCGCUGAGCGAGCACCACCUACGUGGACCAGCAGCAGAGGUCGAGGGCCACAGCAUUUUCGCCAAGGGUAUCCAUGACAUCACCAUGGCGAAGUGGCAGCUCAAAGGGCAGCAGAUAGCAGUAAUCACGGCCUACCUCACAGCAUCCAUCGGCUUCACGGGUCGCCCCAUACCCAUGACGGAAAUUCAAAGAGAGAAAGGUAUCAAGCGGCAACAGCGCGACCGCACCCAGUACAACGAAAUGGCCAAGUACCUUGAAGACGACCUCUUGGACAGCAAGCUCCUGGACACGUACUACACGCAGACUGUGGCCAUGCGAUGCGACCAGAAUAUCUGGGAUGAGUGCCGAGACAAGGAGGCACCUGGCCGAAUCCGAGGCGCGCCGUUGUGGGUGCAGAAUUCGAUAGCGUACAAGCAGGACCCGCGCAUGAGUGAGUUGCUGGGUAAGUUGUAUGGCAAGUGGGCGAAUGCGGCGGAGCGGGCACUCUCGACCAUCACGGAGGCACCGAUCCACCCACGAGCGAGACGUGGACAGCGAACGCGCUACAAGGAGGUACCCUACCCGCAGCGCAUCGCAGGCAAGCCAAAAGGUAACACUAAAGCGGACGAGCAGCAGCACACCAGCAUCCUCUGGACGGCGCUCAAUCAGCGUUGCCGAGACGGCGUUCUGCUCCUCCAAAGGCACCCGAUAGAGAGCAAGCACCACUUGGACGCUGUCAGCCUCAUCAUCAAGAAUGUAGUCACGCAGAUCGACAAGCUUGAAAAGACCAACGUAGCGGAGACCGACGACCUGGAUGAGCAGGCGGCCCUUUUCGCCAAACGCGCCAGCUCCCUCGGCCACGACAUCGACCCCGACACGCACACGGAUAAUAUCACCGAGUGGCAG